AGUCAUAACCCAUUGGACUCCCUCAACCUUCUCUCUCAAGACACCGCUCUCAAAAAACCCACCCCCUCUCUCUCUUUCUGUCUCUCUCUCUCUCCAAUUGCAACCGUGUCUCACUCUUGCAGACAAGACCAAUACAAACAGGACGACAAACAAAGCCAGAGAAGCUAAAUUCAAAGACAACAUAAGAAGAGAAAGGAAAGGCCAAAACAAAAGAACUCUCAGCUCCGCUCCGCUUCGCCGGAAAAGCCGACCUUCAGACCUGGUAAAGUCUCGAAUCUCCGAUUUUUUUGCUUUUUCCGAGCAUGCUUUCGAAACAAACUCCGACGGAAUCCGACCGUCCGGUACCCACCAUCCAACCUUCGUCCCCUCGCUUCCCACCUCCCUCCGCUGGUACACCCACCUCUGGGGCCCACCGUAAGAUCGCUAUCGCCGUUGAUCUUAGCGACGAAAGCGCAUUCGCCGUCAAUUGGGCUGUGCAGAACUACCUCCGCCCUGGCGACGCCGUGAUCCUGCUUCACGUCCGACCUACCAGCGUCCUCUAUGGAGCCGACUGGGGUUCUAUUGACCUCUCCGUCGACACCGACGAGGAAUCCCAGCAGAAGCUUGAAAACGACUUCGACGCUUUCACCACCACUAAAGCUACCGAUCUGGCACAGCCUCUGGUGGAUGCCCAGAUCCCUUUUAAGAUCCAUAUCGUCAAGGACCAUGACAUGAAGGAGCGGCUCUGCUUGGAGGUCGAGAGGUUAGGGUUGAGUGCUGUGAUUAUGGGCAGCCGAGGGUUUGGUGCUUCUAGGCGUGGCAGUAAGGGUCGACUUGGUAGCGUUAGCGAUUACUGUGUCCACCACUGUGUUUGCCCCGUGGUUGUUGUUAGAUAUCCUGACGAGAAAGACGGACCUGCUUCUGGAGAUGAUGCAGAGGCGGCCUCCAAGGUAGCGGGCGAGAAGGAGGCCGAGCUGCGCCAGGUGCCGGAGGAAGAGCAGGAGUAUCACGAUGCUUCCGAGGAACAGAAAGGAGCUUAAGAAGUGCUUUGGCAAUGGCGUGGUCCUACCGACUCCAGGUUCUUAUUCUGUGCAGAAAGUGAAGAAGGUGCUUGAGUCUACUGGAGGCUGGGGAAGCUGAGAUGUUAGAUGCUUUUAGUGGAUUGGAUUCAUGCCAUGUAAAUUGAAUGGUGGUUAGUAGUGUUGUUGCUGGCUCUUCGUCUCUCUCCUCUCCCUCUACUUAUCAACUGCCUCUCGUAUAUGCAAUAUGAGAUGAUUGAUGAAUGGUAUUUGUAUGGUUGACGGGUUCUUUUGGUUUCAUCUAGGUCAUGAGAAAAGGUUCUAUUUCUUCCUUUGUGAAAUAUCCUUUGGAACAGUUUUUACUGUUUUGUUAAAUGUCUGGUUUAUUGAA